ACAUGCAGUGAGCGAGAAAGAGAGGGAGAGAGACAUAGAGAAAGAAAGAGAGGGAGAGGGAGCCGAGGCUCGAGGCCUUUCCACAGGGGACAAUCUGAGAGAAAGGCACUUCACGGCAAUUCUGCUCUCCUUCUCUUUCUGCCUCUCUCUCUCUCUCUCUCUCCCUCGCUUUCUCCUCGCUCCCUCUCUCCCUCUCUCAUCAUCCCAACGCCAAUUGAUUUGUGUAUGAAAAGCUGGGCGCUUUUUUUCGCCCCCCUCUCCGCCGGCGCGUUGUGAGUUGAUCAGCUGAUGAAGAGACUGAGCGCGCGCUGCAAUGCUGGGCUGCUAAUUCUCUCGCCUCCAGACAAGCGCCAGCCUGGAGACCACAGUCAGUCUCAGGCCGUCCAAAACGGAGCGUCUGAGGAUAUGGAGGAGGAAAGUAGUUUGAAGAAACGAAAAAGUGAUCACCAGGGCAACCAGGCCUCUGAGACCGGGCAGGAGGUCGUUGAGAAGGUCAAAAAGCGACGGGGUCGGCCUCCGGCCGAGAAGCUACCACCAAAUCCCCCGAAACUCACCAAGCAAAUGAACACACUUGUUGACAUGGUCAUGAACUACAAAGACACGUUGGGCCGUCAGAUCAGUAAAGGGUUUGUUCAGCUGCCUUCAAGGAAAGAGGUACCAGAAUACUAUGAGCUUAUUCGCAAGCCUGUGGACUUCCGAAGGAUCAGGGAAAGAGUGCGCAACCACAAGUACAGGUGCAUUGCAGACUUGGAGAAAGAUAUAAUACAGAUGUGCCACAAUGCUCAAACUUACAACCUGGAGGGAUCUCAGAUCUUUGAGGAUUCCAUUGUCCUGAAGUCAGUCUUUGAGAGUGCAAGACAACGGAUAGUAGAAAUCCACCAAGAGGACAACGAUGCAGUCGGAGGCAGCGAGGCAGACUGUGCUGAUCAUUUAAAUCUAGAACUAAAAUCGGAAGCAACAAACACAAAGUUUGACAAGAACAGAGAGAGAAGUAAGACUGCUCCUGCUAAUUCCAGCGCUAAAGUGAAAGAUAUUUACAGCGACGAGGAUAGUGCUGAAGACCAGGGGGAUAACACAGGCCUGGAAGAUGGCUGAAUCGCUUCUUCUGAACACGAGCCUCAUACCACUCAAUCAUCUUGCUAUCAUUGGAAAAUGAUCAACUCAUCCAUCACUUCAUUUUUCUGUGACUUGGUUCAGUGAAUGCAAUGUUCUGAAAUUGGUGGCAGACUUGAUCCCUUUUUACAGGAUGCUAAGUAAUGCAUUCAGAUACUAUUAAUUGGAUUACAUUGUAAUCAAAAUACAAAACAUCAGCCUUCAGCAUCAAUAUAGUAAUUGACGUAUGCUUACAAUAUAAAGUUACACCUGUUGUGGCAAUGAUAAGAAGCAAAGCAAACAAGUAAACAAAGGUGAUUGGAUAUAUGCUAACAUUUAUUUUUAAUUUUGCACUUUUUUUUAGAAGCACUUUAAAAUGGAGAUGAUGUAUUAACUUAUUUUCACUUAGAAAAUCAACAAAAUAUGUCAUUUGACCAGAGAAGCCCAAACAUUUGCAUUUUACAACUGUAUGUUACUGUUGUAAUAAAUGCAAAGACAAUUGGGAAUGGGACAACUCUAAUAAGUGAAGAAAUUUGUCUUUUUAUUUAAAUAAUUUUAGUAAACUGAAAUGAGUUUUACGACGUGAACGUUUUAACAGAAGCAUUCACUUUUCAAUGGCGUGAUUGAUGUUUGCCAGCCAUUGCAUCUCAUUUAUCCCAGAUAUUGCCAUUUCUGUUGGUUCUUUUGUGUCUGUAAGAACCUGGAGCAUUCCCGUUUGUGCAUUCUUGUCCUCACAGGUUGCAUCCAUCUUUGAGAACAAAACUGAAAACUGAAUCAAAUAGCACCUCGUAUUUAAUCAAUCAAUGUCUUGACUAUAUGAGUAAUGAGCUCUGUCUUGUCUUGGAGCACGAUGUACUUUGCUGGAUGGAAACUGCCCUCAAAGAGAGGCGCCUAAUGAAUACACUGUUGAGCUGUGUGUCGAGGUUUGAGGGACGGGAAAGAUGAUGGCUUUAUAGAUAGAUUUUGAAAUAAAGUUUUUAAGGUUUAUAUGACAUGAAAGUGCAAUGAGGUUUGAUUCAAAUCAUCUUAAUUGAUAAUAAACAUUUUUUUAUAAAUACCUCUGA